AUGCAUGGACUUGGUGCAGUGCACUCUUCGGCGCAGGCUAUCAGCCUCGUGGUCUUAUUGCUGCUGCAGCUGCUGACUCAGCUGCCAGGUGCACACUCAGCUCUCCGGUACCGGGUAGCUGAGGAAGGCCCCCCUGAUGUCAAGAUAGGCAAUGUGGCCGCAGACCUGGGCCUCACAGCUGGCACGGGCAGCGGGGACGUCACCUUUGCCCUGGAGAGUGGCUCCGAGUUCUUCAAAAUCGACAAUGUCACCGGUGAGCUAACGACAGGGCCAAGGCGCAUCGACAGGGAGAAGAUGACCCAAUGCCAGAUGAUUUUUGAUGAAAAUGAGUGUUUCUUGGACUUUGAAGUGUCAGUGAUUGGCCCCCUGCAAAGCUGGGUGGACUUGUUCGAAGGCCGUGUAGUCAUAACCGACAUCAAUGACAACACUCCUUCCUUCCCCUCACCGGUGCUCCAGCUCUCAGUGGAGGAAAAUCGUCCUAUAGGCACGCUUUACCUGCUUCCCACUGCUACGGACAGAGAUUUUGGACGAAACGGUAUAGACCGCUAUGAGCUCAUCCAAGAAGGUGCAACUGGGUCCAGUUCGGCAAGACGCACGACAGGAGGAAAUCCCAUCGGUAGAGUAGAUGGCCUUGGAGAUAGGAGGGGUAGGAGUGGAGAUAAUGUGGGAGGAGCCAGGAGUACUGUGUUUGAACUUCAAGUGGCAGAUAUACCAGAUGGUGAAAAACAACCUCAACUGAUCGUCAAAGGUACAUUAGACCGCGAGCAAAAAGACUCUUACGAACUGAUCCUGCGGGUUCGAGAUGGAGGAAACCCACCACGAUCAUCUCAAGCUCUGCUGCGGGUGUCCAUAACAGACGUAAACGACAAUAGUCCACUGUUCGAAAGGCCAACAUAUGAGGCGGAAAUGGCAGAAAAUGCACCACCAGGAACACCAGUCCUGCAGGUGAGAGCUUCAGACCGUGACAUUGGUGUGAACGGACAGGUGGAGUAUGUCUUUGGAGCAGCUACAGAAUCGGUCAGGCGGCUGCUUCGACUGGACGAGGCAACUGGAUGGCUGAGCGUUCUCCACAGGAUCGACAGAGAAGAGGUGGCCCAACUGAGGUUUACAGUCACAGCGCGAGACAGGGGUCAGCCACCACGCACUGAUCGUACCACAGUCAUUUUGGCUGUACGUGACGAAAAUGACAACGUCCCAGUUGUAGAGAUUCGAAAGAUCGGGCGAAUCCCAGUGCGAGAUGGAACAGCAUUGGUACCUGAGAACGUUCUGGUAGACACACCAGUCGCUCUGGUUCAGGUCUCAGACCGAGACCAAGGAGAAAACGGAGCUGUGACCUGCACUGUUGUAGGAGAUGUCCCCUUCACUUUGAAGCCUGCUGGUGAAACAGCUCUCCCACCCUUACCUGCAGAUGAAGCCUUUGACAGGAACAAGAAAAAAUUCUUCCUGCAUACCUCAGCUUUGCUGGACUACGAGGUCACCAAAGAAUACAGCGUCACCAUUGUGGCAGUAGAUUCUGGAAGCCCUAGUCUUUCCAGCAACAGUUCACUGAUGGUGCGAGUUGUUGAUUACAAUGACCAUCCCCCUGUCUUUGCCCAAAGUGUCGUGGAGGUCCACUUUGCAGAAAACAACUCCCCCAAUGAGAGGGUCGUCACUGUGGUGGCUGCAGACGCAGACAGUGGCAAGAAUGCCGAGAUUGCAUAUUCACUGGAUCCUGUUGCAAAUGGGCCAUUUUAUAUAGAUCCUGAUAAUGGGGACAUUCGUGCUACUGUUGUCCUGGACCGAGAGCAGCGAGAGAGGUAUGAACUCAAAGUUAUUGCCAAGGACAAGGGUACCCCCUCUCUACAAGGUUCAGCGACUGUUGUUAUUCAGGUGACUGACCGCAAUGACAAUGCGCCAAAGUUUGUCCAGGAAGUUUUUACUUUCUAUGUGAAAGAAAACCUGCUCGCCAACAGCCCAGUUGGCAUGGUGACUGUGACUGAUGCUGAUGAAGGUGAGAAUGCAGAACUCAGCCUCUUUGUUGAAAUGGAUGGACAAGAUGAGAAGAAGUCAGGGGAGAAAAGUGUGGGAGACAAUGGAGAGAAGGAGCAAGAGGAGCUGUUCUCCAUUGAGAACAACACAGGCACCAUCUUCUCCUCUUUGUCGUUUGACCGUGAAAAGCUUUCCACCUACACCUUUCGAGUACGUGCUGUGGACGGAGGAGAGCCUCGCAAAACCGCCACGGCCACCGUGUCACUCUUUGUCACUGAUGAGAAUGACAAUGCCCCCUCUAUCACAUCCCCAGCCAACGAGUCCUAUACAUUGCUCCCACCUGCAAGUAGUGCCCGCACUAUAGUCAGGACUGUGACAGCCAUAGAUUCAGACACGGGUCCAAAUGCAGACCUUCACUAUGCCUUAGUUGGUGGGAAUCCCUUCAGAUUGUUUGAGAUCGGCCACUCCAAUGGUGUAAUCACACUGGCAGAGCCACUGGAGCGUCGUCAUAAAGGUCUACAUCGCCUGGUGGUCAGGGUCAAUGACAGCGGGACCCCCUCGCUGUGUGCUAUUGCCCUGGUCCACGUCUUCAUCAACGAGAGCUUGGUGAAUGCCUCCCUGGUAGACGCACAGGUCAGCAGAAGCUUACUUGCUCCACUAUCACUGGACAUUGCUGGGGACCCAGACAGUGAUCGUGCAUUAGGUAAACAACGCCUCAGCGUCGCCAUCGGUGUCCUGGCAGGAGCCGCAGCUGUCAUCCUGGUCAUACUCCUCGUAGUCACAGCAAGGCAAUGUGGCGCUCAAGGCAAGAACGGUUAUGAGGCUGGUAAGAAAGAGCCAGAAGAAGAUUUCUUCAGUCCAUCAGGGGCUCAACCGCAGGUUGGCCGUGGCAGCGGAUCAGACCGAGGACGCAAACCUCGGCGAGAUAAGCGCAAUGGUGGUGGCACAGCAGCUGGACCUACCAAGUCAGACAGGUCACUCUACAGUGGUAUUGUCACUGUAAACGGACUUCGUCGCCACGCCAAUGACGAUGAAGAGGAAGAUAUCAGCAGUGCAAGUGAGCGCCUCGCAGCCCGCUACUGCGCUGUUGACGGUGACCCCGGCAGCCCACGGAUGGGUGGUGGCAGACGGCAUCAGUCGAGUCCGGAUUUGGCCAGGCACUACAAGUCCAGCUCACCUCUCCCUGCAGUCAACCUCCAACCACACUCCCCUCCAGCUGAAGGGAAGAAGCAUCAGGCAGUUCAGGAGCUGCCACCUUCCAACACCUUUGUGGGCAGUGGGGUCUGUGUCGGGAGCACCGGCUCAAGCAGCAGCAGCAGUGGAGGCAGUGGAAAUGGAGACGCCAUGUCCCUGGGAUCAGACCAGUGCUCGGAGUAUGGAUGCCAGACUGGGAACAAGUACAACAAACAGGGAACACUUCGCCGAGUGACCUUCUCAGUGGUAAACCAGGCCCAGGAUGCCGGUUGCUAUGACAGUGGCUUGGAGGACUCAGAGACCCCCAGCAGCAAGAGUUCAUCAGGGCCCCGUUUGGGAUCCUUGCCGUUGCCUGAAGAGGGUUAUGAGCGCACCACACCAGAGGGCAGUGUGGGGGAGGAGGAUCAUGUUGAGAAUGAUGCUAGGCAACUGCCAGAUGUGGCUUUGACCGGAAAGUGCACGCGGGAGUGUGAUGAGUUCGGUCACUCGGACACGUGCUGGAUGCCUGUCCGCCCAUCUCCUCGCCAGCGGCAACGCCACGGCAGUGACCCCCCACGGCUCUCCACCUUCGCCCCCGGUGACGACAACAACAAUCUGCGCAGAAAUGACCACGAGAGCGACAGCGAGAGCGCGGGCAGUGCCGGGAGCUCGGAACAGGGGGGGGUCAUGGCGGGAGAAGGUCAGAGGUUACCACUAGUCAACGGCGAUCCUCUGGGCACACUGGGAAGAGCAAAUAAGAAUGUUGGCGACCACAAUCGGAACCUUCUCAACCGUAAGAUGACCUCGGCGUCGUACGACACGUUCAGCAGCGCUGGCUUGGGGAAGCGCCCUCAAGAUGAAGAAGGAGGAGAGGGAGCCCAGAACCCAGCUGAGGUCAUACCAUUAACCCGGACUGGAGGUGACUACAAGACCACGUCCUGCCUCACUUUGUCACGCCGUGAAGUCUACCUGUGA